CAGUGCCGGCGCACGGACGCUCCGCGCGGCCCGCUCGUCCGCUGAGCUCCCUCCGACCGACCCCGAGCGGCCACCGAGCGCAGAGACCGGACGGAGCGAUAGGCGACAGCAGCACUCCGUCCGGGACAGCGAACAGGAGGGAACGUCUGCUACAAGACUAAACGCCGCUCAACACACGGAGGAUCGACGCACGUCUGUGGAGACUGAGGGAACUCAGUACCAGCAGGACCAGCGGAUAACGACACUGCGGACUGGUCACCUUGGAUCGACAGCAGAAAGUGCAGUGACAGUGACUGAGAACAGUAAACAGUGACCACUAGUGACCCAUCAAAACUAAGCGGUGACUGAGGGACAGUUUCAGUGACGCUCCGUGCUAACCAGUGACACCCAGUGACAAUUAGUGGCGUUAAGUAACUCCGAUCGACUCCCAGUCACCCUCAGUGACUCCCAGCACCCUGCAGUGACUCUGAUUGACUCUCAGUGACUCCCAGCGGCUCCGUCACAAUGCCGAUGAUGCCGGAGCUGGCGCCCCCGACGGGGCCGGAUAUCGGACCCGACGGUCUGCGUAUGACCGACACACGCGGCGUGCGGCCCUUCCAGAGCUCCGAGGAGUACCUGGUCGCCAUGAAGGAGGAUCUGGCAGAGUGGCUGAACGGGCUCUAUGACCUGGAUGUGACCCCAGAGAGGUUCAUGGAGUCCCUCGACACGGGCACCGUCCUCUGCAAUCACGCCAACCGAGUACGGAUCAUAGCGGAGCAAUUCGAGGCGGAUCACGUGAUCCGGCACGGUCGCCGCUUCUCCCCCGGGUUCCGCGUGCCCGUCUGGGAGGUACACUUCAACCGUCAGGCUCGCGCCGGCUCCUUCUUCGCGCGCGACAACAUCCACAACUUCAUCCGCUGGUGCAACGAGCUGGGCGUCCUCGACUGCCUCAUGUUCGAGACCGAGGAUCUCGUCUCGCGCAAGAACGAAAAGCACGUGAUAUUGUGUCUGCUGGAGAUCGCCCGGCGCGGAGCCAAGUUCGGCAUGGCGGCGCCGAUUCUGGUGCAGUUCGAGCAGCAGAUUGACCGCGAGAUCGCCCGCGACGAGGAGGGUGGCGGGGACGCCGCCGGCGAGCACGAGCCGCCGGCCAUCAUGGUGUACGGCCCCAGCCGACAGGUGGUCACCAACGACCUCAAGAGCCUCGACGAAAUGGUGCGUGACCUGCUCGAGCGGUGCACGUGUCCCAGCCAGUUCCCCAUGAUCAGAGUGUCGGAGGGUCGCUACCGCAUCGGAGACACCAAGACCACCAUCUUCGUCAGGGUGCUGCGUAACCACGUGAUGGUGCGAGUCGGCGGCGGCUGGGACACGCUACAGCACUACCUGGACAAACACGACCCCUGCCGGUGCAAGGCUGAACAUCGCAAAACCACGUCGUCCAAGCUGUACAUGAAGAAUUCGCCGACUGUGGACGGCGACCGCAAACUCUCCGGGGUCACAUACGAGCGUGGCGGCGGCGGCGGCGGCGGUGAGCUGGAGACACCCCCGCCGCGUGUCGGUCGCUCGCGCUCUCCCGGCGGCAAGCGUCGCUCGCUGCAGCCGGGCGAGUGUCGCGCUCACGAGGAGGAAGAGUCGGGCUCGGAGCUCUCCGACGAGGGGUACCGCUCGCCGGGACUGGGCAAGACGGCCGCCGGAGCCACAGAAUCAGGGCCGCCGGCCUGGACACCGUCUCCCUCCGACUAUGUGGUGGAACUCAACUCCCCGGCCAGCGGGGACAAACAGCGAGGCCGGCGCUCCUCCUCCACCCCCGCCGGCCGACCGGCCAGCGCCGGCACCUCGCCCGCCGCCGCCGGCGCCAAGACGCCCAAAACGCGCCACCCGCUCAUCGCCUCGGCCCUGCGCGGCCUCAAGAACCUGCGGCCCAACUCCAGCACCGCUGCCAAGCCGUCGCCGGGCGCUCAGAGCCCGCAGCUGCUGGCGCCGCCGGAGCCGGCCGGUCGGCGGAUGUCGUCCGACUCCGGGCGACACUCUGUGCGCGCCAGCCGCUCCAGCCAGGCCCGGACGCCGCGAGGCGGCGCGCACGGCACCUGGGCGGGCGGCCAGCGGCGCGACCGGCCUGCCCUCUCGGCCGACACGUUCCGCCGGCAACCGGCCGGUCCGGCGGCGGCUGUGGCGGCCGGCCGAACCGCCUCGGCCUCGCCGGGGCCGCGGCGCCGCUCCGCCGGCCGGCUGCCGCCCAAAGGAGGCAUCCUCGACAAGCUGAUGGACACGCCCGACCUGGACGACGACGCCAAGGUGCUGCAGCGGAUGGAGGAGCUGCUGCGCCAGUACCGGCCGCAGCUGGAGCUGCCGCCGCUCGGCGCCGGGGCCUCAGAGGACGGCGGACCCGUCUCACCGCGCGUCACACCGCGCAAGGAGGGCGACGGGCCGGCCAAGACCCGGAUCCCGGCGCCGACCUUCUUCCAGCCGCGGUCGCCCACCGAGCCGCUGCCCUGA